GCUUAAAUUUUCCUAUUUGUUGUUUAAAUAUUCUUUAAUUCUUCGUUCGGGUAUUUAAUGCACCCUCAUUUCCAGUCGUACUAGAGGAUGAGGAUCAAUGCCGAGAAUUCUACUUUGAUGAAUCACCAUCCACACAUGAUCGUUUGACAAGCAGCGAAUACUUUGCAUAUAUUAUCGUUGGUGAGGGUUGAUAUGCUGAUGCCUUUCUCCUGAUUAGGUUUCUUGUUUCCAUAUGGGUUCUUAUUGACAUGCAGAAUUGCUGUCAUCAGGUAGAAUGUUUUCAUUAGUGUACAGUACUAAUAUAUCAGCGUAUAUGCAUAGAACAUAUGACAAGAAUGAGCUUUCUAAACCCUUUAAGCCGUACAUUAGACCUGUGUGAAAGCGAGAGUGCAGCUUAAAGUAAUAGUCUAGCCAUUUAUAAUUCGACUUUUUUAAAGUUUUGACGAUGCUUUUAAGGUACGAUGUGGCUUCUUCUAAUGGAAAAUUUUUUUGUUUUCUUUACUGGAGGAGCUUUAACUACUUGAAAGGCUAUGUAGAUUAUUGUUUUGAAUAUUUUCAUUCUAUAGUGUCAAAAUAAAGAAAAUUUCUCAUGCGAGUGUCCUUUUUUGUUUCCAAUAGCUUAUUCAUUUUCUUAAUGAAGCUGUGUUCAUUUGGGAGCGUUGUGCGUGAGUCUGGGCUAAUAAGAGCACCAAUCGCCAACUUAUCAAAUUUGACCUUAAAAAUCAGAGGGGGAAAUGCGUUUGUUCAUAUGUUGACCUCCUUUAUAUAUACAUAUAUAUAUACAUCUAUAUGGGUCUGUGAGUGGGUGUAUUACCCCUUCUCUACUCUUCCAUUCCCCUCUUCCCUCAUUUUUUUUUUUCAAAUUUAUUUCUCGUUGUCGGUCUCCCCAUCACCAGAUUAG